AUGCAUGACAAUGACAGGCCUGGUGGCCACUUAGAGAAAAGGAAAACGGCUCCCACAUCUGCAUAUCCCUCUCCAGCCCGGAGUCUUGGGGACACAGGAAUAACACCUCUGUCCCCUUCCCAUAUCUUGAACGAUGCUGACCCGGUCUCAGAAGAGCAGACGUUUCUGGUGGUGGUGGCCAUCGACUUUGGGACCACAUCCAGCGGCUAUGCCUACAGCUUUACCAAGGAGCCAGAAUGCAUCCACGUGAUGAGGAGAUGGGAGGGAGGUGACCCUGGCGUUUCCAACCAGAAGACCCCAACCACUAUCUUGCUGACACCAGAGAGGAAAUUCCACAGCUUUGGGUACGCCGCCAGGGACUUCUACCACGACCUGGACCCCAACGAGGCCAAGCAGUGGCUGUACCUGGAGAAGUUCAAGAUGAAACUCCACACCACAGGGGACCUCACUAUGGACACAGACCUGACAGCCGCAAAUGGCAAGAAAGUCAAAGCCCUUGAAAUCUUCACAUACGCCCUGCAGUACUUUAAGGAGCAGGCCCUGAAGGAGCUGAGUGACCAGGCGGGGUCGGACUUUGAGAACUCUGAUGUCAGAUGGGUCAUCACCGUGCCUGCCAUCUGGAAGCAGCCAGCCAAGCAGUUCAUGAGAGAAGCUGCCUAUCAGGCGGGCCUGGCCUCCCCCGAGAACUCGGAGCAGCUCAUCAUUGCCCUGGAGCCCGAGGCCGCCUCCAUCUACUGCCGGAAGCUGCGGCUGCACCAGAUGAUGGAGCUUGGCAGCAAGGCGGUGGUCAAUGGGUACAGCUCCAGUGACACAGUAGGAGCGGGGUUCACACAGGCUAAGGAACACGUUCGGCGUAACCGGCAGAGUCGGACCUUCCUGGUGGAGAACGUCAUAGGAGAGAUCUGGUCUGAGCUGGAGGAAGGUGACAAGUACGUGGUUGUCGACAGCGGUGGAGGCACUGUAGACCUGACGGUCCAUCAGAUACGCCUACCGGAGGGGCACCUUAAGGAGCUGUACAAAGCGACAGGCGGACCCUAUGGAUCUCUGGGAGUAGAUUAUGAAUUUGAAAAGCUGCUUUGUAAAAUAUUUGGAGAGGACUUUAUCGAACAGUUCAAGAUCAAGCGCCCGGCGGCCUGGGUUGACCUAAUGAUCGCCUUUGAGUCUCGCAAAAGAGCCGCUGCGCCAGACCGAACGAAUCCCCUGAACAUCACACUGCCCUUCUCCUUCAUCGACUAUUACAAGAAGUUCCGCGGGCACAGCGUGGAGCACGCCUUGAGGAAGAGCAAUGUGGACUUUGUGAAGUGGUCCUCCCAGGGGAUGCUGAGGAUGAGUCCAGACGCCAUGAACGCCCUCUUCAAGCCGACCAUCGACAGCAUCAUCGAGCACCUCCGGGACCUGUUCCAGAAGCCCGAGGUGUCCACGGUCAAGUUCCUCUUCCUGGUGGGUGGCUUUGCUGAGGCCCCCCUUCUGCAGCAGGCAGUGCAGGCUGCCUUUGGUGACAAGUGCAGGAUCAUCAUCCCCCAGGAUGUGGGCCUCACCAUCCUCAAGGGCGCUGUUCUCUUUGGCCUGGACCCAGCUGUCAUCAAGGUGCGCCGGUCUCCCCUCACGUACGGCGUGGGCGUGCUGAACCGCUACGUGGAGGGGAAACAUCCUCCCGAGAAGUUACUGGUGAAGGACGGCACCCGCUGGUGCACGGAUGUCUUUGACAAGUUCAUCUCCGCCGACCAGUCGGUGGCCCUGGGGGAGCUGGUCAAGCGCAGCUACACUCCCGCCAAGCCCUCCCAGCUGGUUAUCGUCAUCAAUGUCUACAGUUCCGAGCACGAUGACGUCAGCUUCAUCACUGACCCUGGGGUGAGAAAGUGUGGUACGCUCCGCCUGGAUCUCACGGGGACCAGUGGUGCAGCGGUGCCUGCCCGCAGGGAAAUCCAGACCCUUAUGCAGUUUGGGGACACUGAGAUCAAGGCCACAGCCAUUGAUAUAGCCACCUCAAAGAGUGUCAAAGUGGGGAUCGACUUCCUAAAUUACUAAUGUAACCACCCCUUCCCACCACGAGCCCCCGGGACUCCUCUGCAUCCGCUGACCUUGACUGUUCUGCCCCUGACCUUGACCCUUGCCAUCGCCCACCUGAAUUCCAGUAGGAAAGAUGAGAAGAACCAGGGAGAGAAUUAA